CGGGCGGGUGAGCGGCAGGCGGGGACUGGGGCCCGAGGCGGGGAGUGCCGGAGCGCCGGCGGCGACGACGGCAGCGGCGGUAGAGCAGGCUCGGUGCGUGGGUCCGUGGCGGCUCGGGGUCCGCCCGCGGGCUGCGGUGCGAGCGGGCGGCCCGGCUCCUCUCCUCCCCCGCCCGCCGCCGCCGCUGUGAUUGGGUGGAAGAUGGCGUUGGGCGGAUGGAAAUCCUAAUGACAGUCUCCAAAUUCGCCUCCAUCUGUACCAUGGGCGCCAAUGCCUCGGCAUUAGAGAAAGAGAUUGGUCCAGAACAGUUUCCAGUCAAUGAGCACUAUUUUGGAUUAGUCAAUUUUGGGAAUACCUGCUACUGUAAUUCAGUUCUUCAAGCACUUUAUUUUUGUCGUCCAUUUCGGGAAAAAGUUCUAGCAUACAAGAGCCAACCUAGGAAGAAGGAGAACCUUCUUACCUGCCUAGCAGACCUCUUCCAUAGCAUAGCCACUCAGAAGAAGAAGGUUGGGGUGAUUCCUCCUAAGAAGUUCAUAACAAGAUUACGGAAGGAAAAUGAACUUUUUGACAACUACAUGCAGCAAGAUGCCCAUGAAUUCUUAAAUUACCUACUAAAUACAAUUGCUGAUAUUUUACAAGAAGAAAGAAAGCAGGAAAAACAAAAUGGCCGUUUACCUAACGGUAAUAUUGACAAUGAGAACAACAACAGCACACCAGACCCAACGUGGGUUCACGAGAUUUUUCAGGGAACACUGACAAAUGAAACCAGAUGUCUUACUUGUGAAACUAUAAGCAGCAAAGAUGAAGAUUUUUUAGACCUUUCUGUUGACGUGGAACAAAACACAUCGAUCACUCACUGCUUAAGGGGUUUCAGCAACACAGAAACUCUGUGCAGUGAAUACAAAUAUUACUGUGAAGAAUGUCGCAGCAAACAGGAAGCACACAAACGGAUGAAAGUUAAAAAACUGCCCAUGAUUCUGGCUCUGCACCUGAAGAGGUUUAAAUACAUGGAUCAGCUGCAUCGAUACACAAAACUGUCUUACCGGGUAGUGUUUCCUUUAGAACUUCGUCUGUUUAACACCUCUGGUGAUGCGACCAAUCCUGACAGAAUGUACGACCUUGUCGCCGUGGUGGUUCACUGUGGAAGUGGUCCCAAUCGAGGACAUUAUAUUGCAAUAGUUAAGAGUCAUGAUUUUUGGUUAUUGUUUGAUGACGACAUUGUAGAAAAAAUAGAUGCACAAGCUAUUGAAGAAUUCUACGGGUUGACAUCAGAUAUCUCAAAGAACUCAGAGUCUGGUUACAUCCUUUUCUAUCAGUCUCGGGACUGAGCGAGACCGUGAUGAAGAGAUACUUUCUGCCUCAUUUCUUCUCUGGUUAUUUUGGAAAGGAUCAAGCACUGAUUUUUCAAGACAAGAGAAAUGCAGGAAGCUCAGGGGGCAGUCGCACACUUUGCACACAAUAAAGCAAAGACUAUGGAUUAACACGCUCUUCCUAUCAUGAUAGUUGAUUUAUUUGCUCAGGUAUCAUGCUGUCUGUGCAGUUCCACACAACAAGGAAGUGAAAUCAGAGAUAGCAGCUCCUCUUGUAAAACAGCCUUCCAGUAAUUGAUAUGCAUUUCUCUUUAUUAAUUGCACCAGUAAUGAUUUGAACUCCUUGGGGGUGCAGUAGAAAGACUAGGAAUCCGUGCUAGGUUGUAUUGAUCAUUUAAGGAGAUC